AUGGAGACGUGCUUCGGCCACACCCAGCUCGAGCGUCGCCUGAGGAGAAUCUUCUUCAGAACCCCGAGGGGGUGUGAACAGCUGGCUCGCUUAAUCUCUUACCUUGGUCUUGAAGCUCGCGUUGCUGGAUUUGAUAAAGUAGCAUUUGGUUUUGCAGUAUUUGCUCUUGAAGCUGAUUUUGUGAUACUUCAUGUUGUAAUAGUUGCUCGUAUUGAUGAUUGUUUGCGAAUUUGUCCUCCUUAG